AUGCUCACCGGCGUCGGGCCUUGGCUCUUACUCUCUGUUCAUCAAUUGCUUCUGUUCUGUUCACCUGCUUACUCGUGUCGAUCUCGUGCUACCGUGCGGUUCAUUGUUCCACAACCCACCACACCCCGCUCGAUUCCUCCGCCGUGCGGUUCAUUGUUCCACAACCCACCACACCCCGCUCGAUUCCUCCGCCUUCCACCAUCGUCUCGUAAGUUUCAAGGGUACGUGCUUUUUCGUCGAGCACAUAGCAGAAGACCUAUGCUCAUGCUUCUCCUUCGGCUUCCACUGCUCUUCAAUCUGUCGGCUCCUCUAAAGAAGACCUCGUCAUGCCGUCUGUGGGUAUCGAGCCCACAACAAGGAACCUUCACGAAGAUAUCUGUUUCGACGACGCAAAAUUUUUUGGUGAGCGGUUUUUUCAACCUUCCAUAUCUCCGUGCAGCCGUAACACCUUCACUCUCCAGAAAACCAGAUUUUCCGGCACCGACACACAACAAGCUAACAUGGGCUAAGACUGGUUCUCACUCUUGUUGGUCUUGUAAGCCCAGUAAGAUCUAUCAGCUCUGGUCACAGCCUAUCAAAGUUAAAGACCGUCGCAAAGUCUUCCGAGUUAAAAGCCGAAGAUGUUCCAGACAUUCCAGUACUGGUUUUGUCCCGCUUAUCAUCAAUUGCCUUCCCGGUGGAGAGAAUAUUGUCACAAAUUUUUCCCUAUUUCCUCUAUCCAGGAGAGAACCAUAUCACCACCUUUCUCCUACUCGGAGAACCCUUUCCAACGCUCUGCUUUGA